CCCUUGGGUAGGGUGAAGAUCCCCUGUCUUUAUCCUAGUUCCCCACCUUGGUGUGGGUUACUGGGUGCAGGAUGAACUGUCGCUCGGAGGUGCUGGAGGUGUCGGAGGGGCGGCAGGUGGAGGAGGCCAUGCUGGCUGUGCUGCACACAGUGCUCCUGCACCGCAGCACGGGCAAGUUCCACUACAAGAAGAAGGGUACCUACUCCAUUGGCACCGUGGGCACCCAGGAUGUUGACUGUGACUUCAUCGACUUCACUUAUUUGCAUGUCUCUUCUGAGGAACUGGAUCGUGCCCUGCGCAAGGUUGUCGGGGAGUUCAAGGAUGCGCUGCACAACUCUGGUGGUGAUGGGCUGGGGCAGAUGUCCUUGGAGUUCUACCAGAAGAAUAAGUCUCACUGGCCUUUCUCAGACGAGUGCAUCCCAUGGGAAGUGUGGACAGUCAAGGUGCAUGUGGUAGCCCUGGCUACGGAGCAGGAGCGGCAGAUCUGCCGGGAGAAGGUGGGCGAGAAACUCUGCGAGAAGAUCAUCAACAUCGUGGAGGUGAUGAAUCGGCAUGAGUACUUGCCCAAGAUGCCCACACAGUCGGAGGUGGAUAACGUGUUUGACACAGGCUUGUGGGACGUGCAGCCCUACCUCUACAAGAUCUCCUUUCAGAUCACUGAUGCCCUGGGCACCUCAGUCACCACCACCAUGCGCAGGCUCAUCAAAGACACCCUUGCCCUCUGAGUGUGGCCGGAUCCCUGGGAGCUCCUUGAUGGCUCCCAGACCUUGGCUUUUGGGGAUUGUACUAUUGGGCCUUUGGGCUCUGGAACCUGCUCUGGGUCGUUGGUGAGACUU